UUCUGAUUGGUCGCUUCUCUCCGACUCUCUCUUUGGCGCUCUGUGUACAGGAGGAAGCCACGUUGACACAAAAACGGUGAUUAUAUUCCGCGACAUUAAUAGCGACGCUUUGAAACCAACAGAAUUUGCUGUCAACGCUUGAGAGAGGUGUGAAGGUCUAUCGAGGUAAACAGAAUGAGUGUAGGCUUUAUUGGAGCGGGUCAGCUGACCCAAGCCUUGGUCAAGGGCUUUACUGCAGCAGGUGUAAUUGCAGCUCACAGGGUCACAGCCAGUUCUCCAGAUACAGAUCUGCCAACAGUGACCGGGCUCAGGAAAAUGGGCGUAAACUUCACAACCAGCAACAAGGAAACGGCGCACAAGAGUGAUGUCCUCUUUUUGGCUGUCAAGCCUCAUAUCAUUCCUUUCGUUCUGGAUGAAAUCGGACCUGAUAUUGAAGACCGGCAUCUCAUCGUGUCCUGUGCUGCAGGAGUCACCAUUAGCUCUAUUGAGAAGAAACUGCUUCAGUAUCGUCCUGACCCUAAGGUGAUUCGCUGCAUGACUAACACCCCAGUGGUUGUGCGUGAGGGGGCUACGGUAUACGCCACCGGCACGCACGCUGAGGUGGAGGACGGAAAGCUUCUGGAGCAGCUAAUGGCCAGUGUGGGCUUCUGCACGGAGGUGGAGGAGGAUCUGAUUGACGCUGUUACAGGACUCAGCGGCAGUGGGCCAGCUUAUGCUUUCACAGCUCUCGAUGCUCUGGCUGAUGGUGGUGUGAAGAUGGGACUGCCCAGGAGGCUGGCUGUGAGACUGGGAGCACAGGCGCUGCUUGGCGCUGCUAAAAUGCUCCUUGAUUCAGAGCAGCACCCAGGCCAGUUAAAGGACAAUGUGUGCUCACCAGGGGGCGCUACCAUCCACGCCCUGCACUUCCUUGAAAGCGGCGGCUUCCGGAGCCUUCUCAUCAAUGCUGUGGAGGCUUCUUGUAUCAGAACCAAGGAACUGCAGUUUCUCGCUGAUCAGGAGGAAAUCUCUCCUGCCGCCAUUAAGAAGACAACGCUGGACAAGGUGUUGCAGCAGCCUGGAAUCUCUGAUAAUACAAUGGCAACCAGGAACCGAGUCAAUUUAUUCAACAAAAGUGGAUUUAAGAAAACCUAAGGAAUGUUUUAUACACACACACACACACACACACACACACACACACACACACACACACCUUAAAUGUGUUCGCUUCUUUGGGUGCAGACAGAUGUUACUCCCAGCUAGUCUGAUGAAUUUUGAACAGAGUAUUUCUACAUAACCGUUUUGUGCGUGCGCACACACACACACACACACACACACACACACACACACACUUGUACGGUCUCUAAACUGAAAUGAACAGAAGUGCAUUUCCAGCAUGCUGUCUAUCGCCUCGUGCCUCCCUGCAGCAGCAGACAGUUUGUUCGCUCUCUUGGGAGUAGCAUCAGGAGUUACAGGCAGCAGAUGCUACGUGAUUUCGAUUUUUUUCCAAAAGUACCUCCAGUCCUUUAAAAAGAAGUCAACAGCAAUAUAAAAUUUUGUUUUGUCAUCUAAUUUUUGUAAUUCACUGUUAAUAUUUGAGCCCAAAAUAACUGUUUAUUAUUAUUUUAACUUAAACACAUAAUUAUAAAUAUACAUAUUUAUUUGCACUGCCCAGUGAAUCCCUGUAGUGACUCCCCACACCUACCCUUUACAUUGUAAAGACCUUUGAAGUUUCUUCAUCUGUAGAAGAAAGUGAAGGUGCAAAAAGUCAAUAUGUGGUCAUUUUUGUUCUUGUCUGCUCUCUUGUCUAUGUUAAAGCCCUUUAUAAAGAUAUGAAUAAAAACAAAAAAGAAGCAAAUUCAGAACUUGGA